AUGGAACGAAUAAAAAUUUUGUAUCUUCAUAUACACGAAGAUGAAAAAACUCAAAUGAUCAGAAAGAUCCUUGAAGAACUAUAUGGUAAGGAAAAUAUUUUAUCUUCAAGAAAGAAAUAUAGAACCCUGGACAUUUUAAUUUUUAUUUUUAUAUAUAUUUUGUGUAUAUGUUGUGCAUUAGUUUGUUUUUACUAUUUAUGUAUAGUAAGUACUUAUGCAUAUAUAUUAAUACUUCCUUGUAUUAUUAUCACGGUGAUUAUUUUUUUCAUUGGAUCUAUAAUAAUAUACGAAUUAUUAUAUUCUACCUUUUUAUACAAGGCUAAUAAGUCUUUUGACAAAUUAAAACCUCAUGUAAUUGUUGCUUAUAAGUUUGGAUGUAUUUUAGCUACCCACCUCGAUGGUCCCAAGGUUCCAAUGCUUUUAAUAUCACCUGUUGAAGAAAAUUUCUUUUCAAGUAAAAUCAGGAAAAAAAUAAAUAUCUCAGAUUAUCCAUAUAUCAUAUUUGUACAUACAACAAACGAUAAAAAAAGGUACUUGAAAAAAAGUUUAAGUUUGAUAGAAUCUUUAGAUAAAAAAAAAUAUAGAGUAGAAAUAGUGAACGAAGGUUAUCAUUCAGAAUUAUUAAGUCCAGCUGAAUAUAAAUAUUGGAUUGAUGAAAUUCAUUCUAUGAGUCCUGAAUAUCCUUCAGUUAAUUACCAACAAUAA